AUGGUUUUGCGCAGAACAAACAUGAUUUUGGCAAACAUUGGCUUGUUUGGUUACAAUGAAUCAAAAUCAACUUCGCUCUCUCCCGGCGACUCCGCCAGCCUCGUCAACACGCCCCGAACCACACGACACGACGACGUUUGGUUAUCGUUUCUUGUUAAAUCACCUUCUGAAUCGGGCCUACCAAAAACUGGUGUCAGUGUUGGACUAAGUGGAAAGCCAAACAAUUAUAUUCUUGCCACACAAUUGGUUCGUUUGAUGGGAAAGGCAUCACUAAAGUUGCCACAUGAAAAAGCUUUGUUCAGAAUUAAUAAUGAUGUCAAGCAUGAAAAGAAAUUGAUGGAGAAGACAAUAUAUUUAGCAGGAAUUUGA